AUGAAGUUCUUUACUGUUCUCGCUAUCCUCUCUGUUGCUGCUUUGGCUACUGCUGCCCCUUGUGGUCAUGGAGACAACAACUCUAACCACGAAGAUAACAGCAAGCACAUCAACAAGGAAAACAACCAAUCUAUUGGUAGCGUUGGUAGCAAGGGUGCCAAUAGUGGUCUUCUCUCUGGUCUUCUCGGUGAUACUCACAUCUUGAGCCAUGAAGAAACGAACAACUAUGUCUCUCAAUCUGCCAAGAACAACUAA